AUGUGCUGUCAUGACGAGCAUGCUCACAUCCAAACUGCGAUCAAUGCUUCCCUUCCCAACGUCACUAUCUUCGCAACUGGCGGCACCAUCGCGUCACAAGGAUCCAGCAACACCCAAACCGUCGGCUACCAGGUUGGCCUAGGCGUACAGCAAUUGGUAGAUGCCGUUCCCGAAAUUCUGAACAUCUCAAAUAUAGCUGGAUACCAGAUCAGCAAUGUAGACUCUGGCAGUGUUAACCAGACAAUAUUGCUCAAGUUAGCGCACCAAAUCAAUUCUGAGUUAGCCAGGGACGAUGUCAGUGGAGUUGUUGUCACCCAUGGAACGGAUACUCUCGAGGAGACGGCUUUUUUCCUGCAACUGGCUGUGAACUCGACCAAGCCGGUCGUUGUUGUUGGCGCGAUGAGGCCUGCAACAGCUCUGAGUGCUGACGGUGAAUUGAACUUGCUGCAAGCUGUUACGUUGGCUGUUAGCGAUAACGCAAAAGGCCGUGGAACCAUGAUCACACUGAACGAUCGCAUUGGAUCUGCUUUCUACACGACGAAGAACAAUGCCAACUCGCUCGACACGUUCUUCAGUACCGAAGCCGGUCAACUUGGAUUCUUCAUCAACCAGGUUCCCUACUUCUACUAUGCCCCAUCUGUGCCUAUUGGACUCACCCACUUUGACCUUGCGAACGCAACCUCCCUUGCCCAUGUGGACAUUCUUUACGCGCAUCAAGACAUGGACCCCGCGCUUUUCAAUGCAUCGUAUGCUCUUGGUGCGGAGGGCCUCGUUUUCGCAGGUGUGGGUGCCGGUGGUAUCUCCUCAAAGGCGAGCGAGGCUGCUGAAGGAUUGUUCAACGCUACAGGUAUCCCGAUCGUGGCGAGCCACCGCAGCGUGGAUGGCUUUGUGCCUAGCACAGAUGAGAGCUUUACGAUUGCUGCUGGAUUUUACAACCCCCAGAAGGCGCGGGUACUGCUACAGCUUGCCCUUACGAUGGAUUACGAUUACGAUGAGAUCAAAAACCUGUUUGCGCUUGGCUACCCCAAGCCUUGA